AUGCCAGAGGGAAUAUAUGGCAGCCGAAUGACAGGAAUCACCGUCCAGAGAUACGUUGAUAUUGGAAUAUUCAAUGGUGUAAUCUCAGCCUCACUAUCAUCCGGUGGAGAGCAGAUCACCCGUGAUCAGUUCCGUGCGCUGUCCGAGUCGACGACUUUGAUCAACGACCUGAUCGACCUACGCAGUGACACCAUGCGCAAGACCCGUGAGAACCCAGUACUACGUGGCGCGCGCGGCAAUCUCUGCACCUACCUUGACAACAUGAUCAGUCGUAGUGUCCUUGUCGUUGCCAAGACCAUUGCCGACAGUCGAGUUUGUGCACUGGUGAUCAUGGCACAUUGCAACUGGGUCCUGAUGGCCUCGCACCACAAGUUGCAUGAGUUGGCCAUGCAGACCAAGGAGGUUACACUCUACCCCACAUGCACAUACAAGUCACUGGUCAAUCAUAAUGAGUACGAGCAGUUGCUGGUGGCCCUGAAGCCUUAUGGUACUCUUGGCAAGAAGGUCGGCCCAUGUCUGACCAAGACUCGUAAGGAGUUGGACAUGCUCUACCACACUCAAAGAACUGAUCCAAAGACCCAUAUGGCUUGGAUAGCAGAUGCAACAAGAAUAAUUCUCGACCCAAUCAAUAUGAGAAAGUGGAUUGAUGUGGUUCAUUACAAGUGGGAGGGUAACACUGGAGAUGUUGACUAUUGUCCGUAA